AUGGCCACACCGCCAGAAUAUGAGAUCAUCACUGUGCCCGCUGUCGGCCAGCCGGGCCGCGAAGCACUCAGGCAGCAGUGCUACGACGUCCGCAUCGACGUCUUCCACCACGAGCAGGGCUUCCCUCUCGACACCGAGAUCGAUGAGUAUGACGAGGAAGCGACCCAUAUCCUGCUGCGCCUCGUGCCGUCUCUCAAGCCCGUCGGCACCAUCCGCUGCGUGAAGCUGAAGGACUACUACAAGCUGACCCGUCUCGCCGUUCUCAAGGACUAUCGGCAAUACCGCUUCGGGCGGGCACUCGUCGAGUCCUUGCACGCCUUCGUCAGGGCCGAGGCGCGAGUGUCCGCGUCCGCGGCCACCCUCGGGGAGCCGGGCGUGGUCAAAGUCGCAGCGCAUUCCCAGAUACCCGUGAAGGGUUUUUACGGCAGAUUCGGCUACGUCCCAGAGGGCGACGAGUUCGAUGAAGACGGUGCUCCUCAUCAGAAGAUGGUCGUUCGCUUGGUGCUAUCGGAUUAG